AUGACCGAUAUGCACAAUGGCAUGUUAUGGCAUGAACUCGAGACAAAUACUGUCCACGAGAUUGGUGAAUUAGGUACCAUCUGCGACCGCCCUCAGGAUAACCAACCAGCAACAACGAAGCUUACCAAACAUCGAUAUGGCCUGCAUUUGACCUUGAAUAUUGACUGGAUGGGAAUACUCGAAAAUCGGCCCCACUCUAGCGGCCCUAUCUACUAUGCUAUCAAUGACCUCCCACGAGAUCAACAAUUCUUACAAGUCAACGUCAUAUGCGCAGCAAUUAUGCUGGGUCCAAAAGAGCCAAACAUAGUUCAAAUCAACCAUUGUUUAGAGCCAUCUACUCAUGAGCUGAUGGAACUCAAGAAUGGGGUCAAAAUGGAUGUUUACGGAGAAGAAGAUCUUGCAGAUGUAUUCGCAGAUAAUGAAGCCCUCACUUGCGAUAUGCCUGCCUUGCAUAAAUGUAACGGAACAGCUGGACACAGUCACGACUUCCAUCCAUGUGCGUUUUGUGACAUCGACAUCGUCAAAAUCAAUACUCCCGAAGGCUACAACAAUUCAUGGACCAACAAAGACAAUUAUCAUAUGCUUUGUCAGAGCUUCUACUCUAAGGAUGCUACUCCCGCUCGCCAAGAAGCAAUCUUGCGAGACCACAGAGUUAGAUUUAGCAUUCUCAAUGUCAUUUCAGGCUGGUUACCAUUGAGAAAGUCAGCUCUUGACUUUAUGCACUGUAUCUUCCUUGGAAUCAUUUCGCACCUAUUUAUGUGUGUGUUGUUUGGUGGAUAUAUGCUCUCGGGCAUGGGUGGCGUCAAUUCUCUGAAGCGACACUUUGAAGAUAUAAUUAAUGCUGUAAGAUGGCCUAGCCACGUCACUCGACUGCCGAAAAAUCUGGGUGAAAACCAAUCCCUCAAGAAGGCUGAUGAGUGGUGUUGUCUUCUAACAAUCACCCUGGUCAUUCUCUGGUGGUCUUGGAGGGAUGCUAAUGACGAAAUACCAGACACCGAGCCUCCUCUUCCACCCAACACUGUUGCCCCAGAUUUCUCGCGUAACCGCCGCUCGCUGUAUCAGGCCAUUCUAUUCCUGUGCACUGGUGUCCGAAUUCUCGCAUCCCGCAUGAUCUCUAUGGCUCAGGCUUGCACUGGUCAGAGCUUUCUAGCCCAUUACUGCUUGGAAUGUCUGCAGCUUUGCAUCCCACUCACCAUCAACCAUCAAGCUUUGAUGCAUACAGCUGAUAUGAUAAAGAAGUUUGGUCCUGUAUACGCCUGGUGGCUCUUUGCAUUCGAGUGGUUCAAUGGCAUGCUGGAACAUGUUCACCAUAACGCGGUUUAUCAGAGCGAAGCUGCCGAAGACAAUGUUAGGUUACCACUCCGUAAUGCAAAAUUGAUCAAUCUCCAUGCAUAUGGCUCGCCUCAAGGAGUAUUCUACCCCAUUCUCCUCCAGUACUGUCGUUCUCUAUGGCCUGACCUUCACCUGGUUGGUGAUUUAUCGUGCAACAAUGGCAUCCCCUUCUAUGCAAACAAGGUAGCUCGUGCACUCGCAUACAUUCGCAAAGAUGGCAUUCGUUAUGGCUGCACCAUGAAUUGGCGCACGCACGCUGACUCAUUUGUGUUCAUAUCACAAGGUAGAACCCGUGUCCCUGUGCAAAUCACGGCAUUAUUUGUGGUUGGUGUUUUUGAUGUCGUCCCUCAUGUUUGUGCAGUGGUGCGGAGAUUAGUCUCUGAUGAUGACAUUCCUGCAAUGCCAUGGGAUCCCUAUGCAUCUACACUUGGUAUCCAUGUCUCCUACACUGAAUUGGGCCCUCAGGAAGUGGUUCCAGUAUCACAGAUCGAGUGCCCACUGGCACUAAUUCCAGUGCACUCGAAUGUCCUCAAAAAAGAUCUAUGGAUCACCGUCUCAUUUGACCAUGCAGGGAAUGAACCUGAAGACUAUUUAGAAGACGAAGAUGGAGAGUAG